AUGCAGGCGCCUGAUAUAGAUACACUAUUCCCUCAUUUUGAAAGGUUAGGUAUCUUCUUGAAUGGGGACUACGGCGUACGCGUCAUUCAAUAUGGAGCGCUUCUUGGACGAAGCUGUGAUAUUGCUGUAUUGACUGCUUGCUGGUCUGCUGUGGGCAUCCUCAUUUUCAAAGGCCUCCAGGGUACAGCUGCUUUACAAACUGUAGCUGGUAUCCUUGAGAAAUUACUGAAAUCGGCCAUGGGUAAUUCGUUAUUGUCACCCAUGCUGAUAGAAGUCGUGCCAGAUGGCCUCCGGGAGCUAUUACAUCUGGUGGUAUACUGUAACUGCUACUGGUUGAUUCUUGAGGAACUACCAGGUUGAAAACUUGGAGUCGGCAAUAAGCGGUGGUGCAGCAUAAUUUUGUUUGAGGCGACAUAUGGACUGGUCGAAGUUAUUGACUGUUAGAAUCUGUUUUGUUGUAACUACUGAAGUGGCGAGCAACUGGCUUUUGACCUCUAUGCUGACCGAAGUUGCUAUCAGUUCGACCUCUCUUACUAAAAAAGACCCUUGGCCAUAGAAUCCCUUUGUGUUUUCUCUAUGGGUGCCACGGAAAUAUCGUGAACUAAAGCUUGUACGACCUCUUGAUAGUCCUUGGAGUGUUCUUUCUUCAAGUCAUGUCUUAUGGAGUUGUUCAAUGAAUGUAACGUUACAUUCACCGUGUCUCCUAC